AUGGCUCCAGGACUCUGUGCUGAUCGUUUCACUCCAGAGGUACAUGUGGCUUGCGACUCUUUCCACGAUGCCGUCGAUAACGACACUGCCAGCGACAGCGACACCUGCAGUAUUGCCGAGCCUCAUCAAGCGGCUGAGGACGCCAUGUACUCACGCUGCCUGAGCGGGUCAAAUCUGCUGGCAAUACUCACGCUCUGUGACGCUUUGAACCCAGACGACCCCAAGCUCAACCGUUCUGACAUCGUUCGCAGAGCCUCGAUCACGCUAGGUAUCAAGAAGGCGAAAUCCUUCGAACCCCAGAGCGCCAACAGUAGCGCAACUCUCCCAACAAAGGGAUUUUACCAAGGCAUCGAAGAUCUGAUCAACCAGGAGGUGGCGGCCCGCCUGGAGCAGCAGCCGCUUCAAUUUCACCGCGUAGAUCUCGAGUCCGACAACAAGACCUGCCAGCUGACGAUGACCUCGGAUCGGAUCAAUGAAGUCCUGAUGCAAGAAGUUGUCUGGCUGAUGGACGCGAAGGCCAAGAUUGUGCGCCUGAAGGAGCUGGCGGUUGAGUAG